AUCGCCGGCAUCCCUACAUCGAGCCACAGGAUCUGACAGUCAAGAUGCUGAUCAAAGAAUAUCAUAUACUGCUGCCCAUGAGCCUGGCCGAAUAUCAGGUGGCCCAACUUUACAUGAUCCAGAAAAAAAGCCGUGAGGAAUCCAGUGGCGAAGGCAGUGGGGUUGAAAUCCUGUCCAACCGACCAUAUGAUGAUGGUCCAGGAGGAAGUGGCCAAUAUACACAUAAGAUCUACCAUGUGGGCUCUCAUAUUCCUAGCUGGUUCCGUGCUCUCCUACCUAAGGCUGCUCUGCAGGUGGAGGAAGAAUCUUGGAAUGCCUACCCCUACACACGAACCAGAUACACAUGCCCCUUUGUGGAGAAAUUUUCAAUUGAGAUUGAGACUUACUACCGACCAGAUGCUGGAAAGCAAACCAAUAUCUUCAAUCUAAAUAGUACAGAGCGCAGGCAAAGGAUUGUCGAUACUAUUGAUAUUGUACGGGAUCCCAUCUCACCCAGUGAAUACAAGAUAGAGGAAGAUCCACGACUAUACCAUUCGGUGAAGACAGGACGUGGACCUCUGGGAGAUGAUUGGCUAGACAGUGGAAAUACUGGGCCAUUUAUGUGUGCUUACAAGCUUUGUAAGGUGGAGUUUCGCUAUUGGGGCAUGCAGUCCAAGAUUGAACAAUUCAUUCAUGAUGUAGGUCUACGGAAAGUGAUGCUGCGAGCUCAUCGCCAGGCCUGGUGUUGGCAGGAUGAAUGGAUAGAUCUCACAAUGGAUGACAUUCGAAGGUUGGAGGAAGAAACAGCUCGUAUGCUGGCUCAGAAGAUGGCUACAUGCGUGGAAUCUGAAUUAGGUCCUGGUGUGCCCAGCCCUGAAUGCCCAACUGAGUUAGGUGGCCAUGAGACACAGGACAGAGUUGAUAGCCUGAGGGCUCCUGAUUCCUCUCCAGAUGACCCCUUUGCAAAGCAGUGGUCAACUUCUUCUCGGUCCUCAUAUUCUUCUCAACAUACUGUUGCGGUGUCUCCACACAAUUUAUCAGAAUGGCGGAUGCAAAAUAUUGCACGGGACUCUGAGAACAGUUCCGAAGAGGAAUUUUUUGAUGCUCAUGAGGAUUUGUCUGACAGUGAUGAUGUGUUUGCAAAAGAAAUCACUAAGUGGAAUUCAAAUGACUUUCUUGAUACUCUGGAGCGACCCAAUGAACGGGAUGAAGUUCUAGUUGAUGUGACUGGAGCAACCAAGUCAGAUAGUGACGGUGCCCCCGUACCUGGCCCACCAGAGGUUGGCUCAGAAGGGCUGUUUGGGACGUGCCGUAUUCAUGCCCUUUUCCUGAUCCUCCACAGUGGCAACAUCCUAGACCAGGGUGUAGGAGAACCAGGCUCCAAACAGGCUGAUGUGCAUACACUCACUGCUACCUUGGACUCAGUCACCCGGCUACAUUUUCCUGAAGCAUUGGGGCACAUAGCAUUACGCCUAGUGCCCUGUCCACCGAUCUGCGCUGCUGCCUAUGUCCUGGUUUCAAAACUCAGCCCCUACAGCCACGAUGGUGACAGUCUAUCCAGUAGCCAAGAUCACAUCCCACUUGCUGCUUUGCCUCUGCUUGCAACCUCCUCGAGCAGUUAUCAGAGUGCCGUUGCAACAGUCAUUUCCCGCACCAACCAGGCCUAUGCCAGUUUCAUCCAUUCCCCUGAUGGCAUGGGCUUCUGUGGUCAGGUGCUGCUGAUUGGAGACUGUGUGGGGGGUAUCCUGGCCUUUGAUGCUCUUUGCCACAGCCGUGCUGGUGGGUCAGGAAGUCAUGGGAGCAGCCGUCGUGGUAGUAUGAAUGCUGAUCUCCUGACUCCAGAGACGUCUGUGGUACGAGAUCCACUGCUCAAGAAGCCAGAAACAUCGGGAGGGAUUGGCCGGGCCAGUCCUGAGCCAGGAGUACUUCCUACUACUCCAAAAUAUUGUGACAGUGUAGCUCCAGAGAGUGACUCUUUACAACAGCAGCAAAUCUUGUCCAGCCUGCAGUCUAGCAUGCCUGCCUCAGAAACAGAAGGAGACCCUCGACGCAGCAGUAAUUCUUCAUCUUCGUUGGUGGAGACUUUUGAAGGCCCUAGCAUGGUCGGGAAGCUGGAGUUUAAAGUGUCUGGUUUUUUCUUGUUUGGCUCCCCUCUGGGAUUGGUACUUGCACUUCGUAAGACAGUAAUGCCCGCCUUGGAUGUGGCUCACAUGCGGCCGUCCUGCGAACAGAUCUAUAACUUGUUUCAUGCUGCUGACCCCUGUGCCUCCCGCCUGGAACCUCUGCUAGCUCAACAGUUUCAUGCUGUGCCUCCUUUUGGGGUCCCCCGCUAUCAGAAAUAUCCCCUGGGAGAUGGUUCGUCCACUUUAUUAGCUGACGCCUUGCAGAGUCAUUCUUCCCUCUUUGUGAGUGAGCUAGACCUUGUGACACCACCCACUCCAACAGGUGCAUUUGGGGGCUUCUGGAAAGGAAAUGAGGGAGCUGCAAGUGACAGCACUGCAACCAGCACCAAUGAAGUUGUUAAGAUUCUGGAUCGUUGGUGGGGUUCAAAGCGCAUCGACUACUCUCUCUACUGCCCCGAGGCACUCACGGCCUUUCCCACCAUCACCCUGCCUCACCUUUUCCAUGCCAGCUAUUGGGAAAGCGCUGAUGUGGCUGCCUUCAUCUUACGCCAGGUGAUUGAGACGGAGCAGCAUCAAGUGACUGAAAAUGAGGAGAGUUCGAUCUACAGCCCAGCAUUUCCCCGUGAAAAAUGGCAGCGCAAACGCACGCAAGUGAAGAUCCGGAAUGUUACAGCAAACCAUCGUGCCAGUGAUGUGAUAGUGUGUGAGGGACGACCCCAAGUCCUUAGUGGGCGCUUCAUGUAUGGUCCACUUGAUGUGGUAACUCUCACUGGAGAGAAGGUCGAUAUCUACAUCAUGGCACAGCCAUUGUCAGGGAAAUGGGUACAUUAUGGCACAGAAGUGACAAGUGGUAGCGGAAGACUUUCUUACACCCUUCCUGAAGAGAAGAUGCUGGGCAUUGGCAUGUACCCUAUCCGUAUGGUGGUGAGAGGUGAUCACACCUAUGCUGAAUGCUUUCUGACAGUGGUAGCAAAGGGCACACCUUGUGUGGUCUUUAGUAUUGAUGGGUCCUUCACAGCUAGUGUCUCCAUUAUGGGCAGUGACCCCAAGGUGCGAGCAGGUGCUGUUGAUGUGGUAAGGCAUUGGCAAGAUUCUGGUUUCAUGAUCAUCUACGUGACAGGACGUCCAGACAUGCAGAAGCAUAGAGUGGUGGCUUGGCUUACCCAGCAUAAUUUCCCACAUGGCAUUGUCUCUUUCUGUGAUGGCCUCACACAUGACCCUCUUCGCCAGAAAGCUGCCUUUCUACAGAGCCUUCAGCAAGAGGCAGAGGUCACUAUUGUAGCUGCAUAUGGUUCCACCAAGGACAUCUCAGUUUAUAGCUCUUUAGGGCUUCCUUCAUCCCAGAUCUAUAUUGUGGGCCGGGCGGUGAAGAAACUGCAAAGCCAAUGCCAGUUCCUUUCAGAUGGUUACGUUGCCCAUCUUGCCCAGCUGGAAGCAGCAUCCCUUGCCCACUCGCCGAAGGGAACAACAAGGCCCACCUUGGGCAAAGGCAGUUAUGGCUGCCCUGCUCCGGUCGACUUCCUGCGCAAGCAGAGUCAGUUGUUGCGUUCUCGGGGACAGAGCCAGGUGGAACGAGAGGGAACCGGAAGUGCCCAGCCUCGAGCCAAAAUCCGGAGUGUCAGUCUGAAGCUGGAGAGUGAGGAGUAAACCCAAGAGGGAAAGUUUCUGCAUUUUCUUACUUGCAGCAGCUGAUGCUCGGAUUGGGCCUGUAGAGGCCACAGAUGGGAGAGAAAGAAGCUAAGAACACCAUGCAGAUAGAGAGGAAGGGAGGGAGGGAGAGAGAGAGGGCUCUGCCUUACCGAGGCCAGAAGCUGGCAGACAGUGCCACUAGAACGAGGAGGAGUGAGCUUCUGUACAAUCCCAAAGAGUGUUCCAUUCCCAUUGGUCCUGGUUCUUGGCUUCUGUUUGUGGUCUUCAUUGACCUACAGUACAGCCAGUGUUCCUGAACUCAUGCCCCCUAGGGAUGGGUGGAGGGGAAGGGCACAAUGGGAAUCCAUUCAUAUUCUCCCCUUAUUUAAACCGUGCUAUGUUGUUUGUGAAUUCUUUUUUUUUCAGAAUGUGAGGCCUGUAAGGCUGGGUUAUAUCCAUUCUCCCAGCCAGUUCAUAGGUGAGGCAGUGGCCCCCAUAAUUUCUCAAGUCUUCCCACAAUCCUCUCCGGUUUAAGGUAGGGUGGAUUGUUCAGAAAAAAAAAGCCUAUAUCUAUAUAUCUAUAUAUCUCCAUAUAUGGAUUCCAGCAUGGCCAUUUCACUUCCGAGGUUGAGCGCCUUGCUCCAGCCUCUACUUCAGUUCUCAGCCUUCAUCCUGCCUAUACCUUGUUGGUUGUUGGAUAUCUGCAUGAUACUGCCUUUCUGUGCAUGUAUUGUGUCCGGAAUGAGAGCACAGGAGUGUCAGGUUUAAGGAUGAAUCUGUACUUCCUUUCUGGAUAUUUUGGGGUGGGAGGGGGGUGGGAUUUGCUUCACAGUGUCCGAAUUGCUGGGAAGUAGAGAGGCAGAAAGAAGAACCCUGCUUUGGAGGUCU